GGGUCGGGUUCAGCUGCCGCCGCGGCGCCUCCAUGUCCGCGCGCCAGGCCCGCCCCCUCCGCCGCCGGCCCGAGCCCGCCCGACCCUCUUUCAAUUUUACCUCAGGAUUUGGCGCCAAAGCGGCCUCGAAGCGGGUCCCGUGUCUGCGGCGGGCGGCCCCCGGCGCGGAGGGCAGGGCGCGGGGAGCCCGGGCUCCCGGUGUCGGCGGAUGGCGGGAGCCCGGGGGCCGCGGGCUCGCGGGGCAGCGGGCGAGAGACGAGACGCCGAGGUGGGAGCGGGGUGGCAGGGACGGGCCCGGGGGCGCCGCCGGGGUCGCGGAGAAGGGGGGGUUUGUUAUUGUUUUUGUCAGUGAAAGGUCAGAGUUCGUGACCCCGGUGCCGCCGCCGCCGCCGCCCGCGCGCUGGUAGGAGGAGGGCGAAUGUUCUUCUUCCUCUUCCCAGCGCCAGCCUCGCCGCCGCCGCGGGGGGCGGGCGAGAACGCGAUUGGCUGAGGCGCGCGCGCGCACCGGAACGCCGCAGCCGGCGCUCGGUCCAUCCGGCCCGUGGGCUGUGGGGCCCCGGGCGGCGGUGGCUACGUAGCUGCCGCCGGCCUUGGCCGCGGCCGGGCGGGCGGAUAUGUGGCUUAAAUGGCGCAGGCGUCGGGGCUUAGAGGCUGAAGGGCUGGUCGUCCUAAAAACUCGUGGACGUCGCGCACGGUUACCCGGACGCAGGCCCGCCCCUCCGAGGAACCGCGAGCUCCUCGCAGCUGGGUGGGGACCGUCCUCGCAGUGGCGGCCUCCACCCUGCCUUCUCGCUUAGCCAAGGCUUCUGGAAGGCUCGCAAAGUGUCUGUUGUUGGAAGAAGCCGGGCCCUGACUGGCGCGACGGAUUCGCCCAGCCGCUCAGCAGAGCGUCUGUAGGUCGGAAGUGGGGGUUAUAUUGGAAUAUGCUUUUUGUCUAAUGAUGUUAGAUAAAAAGCAAAUUUGGAGCAGUUUUCUUAUUCGAGUUCAAAAUGGUUCAUAAAGCAGCGAAGACAACUCAAAACAUCAGUAACACAUUUGGCCCAGGAACUGCUAACAAACAUACAGUGCAGUGGUGGCUUAAGAAGUUUUGCAAGGAAGAGAGCCUUGAAGAUGAGGAACGUGAUAUGGGCCAUGGGAAGUUGACAACGACCAAUUGAGAGCAAUCAUUGAACUACAUGAAAAAUUACAGAAGAACUCAGCGUUGACUAUUCUACGGUCAUUAGGGUCGCUCAGCAUUAGAAGCAAAUCGGAAAGGUGAAAAAGCUUGAUAAGUGGGUGCCUCAUGAGCUGAGCGGAAAUCAAAACUAUCGUUUUGAAGUGUAGUCUUCUUUUAUGCUACGCAAUAACAAACCAUUUCUCAAUCGGAUUGUGACAUGUAACGAAAAGUGAAUUUUAUACAACAACCAGCUCAGUGGUUGGACCAAGAGGCAGCUCCAGAGCAGUUCCCAAAGCCAAACUUGCACCAAAAAAAAGGUCAUGGUCACUGUUUGGUGGUCUGCUGCCCAUCUGAUCCACUAGUUUUCUGAAUCCUGGCGAAACCAUUACAUCUGAGAAGUAUGCUCAGCAAAUUGGUAAGAUGCACCGAAAACUGCAAUACCUGCUGCCUGCAUUGGUCAACAGAAAGGGCCCAAUUCUUCUCCACGACAACACCUGACUGCGUGUUGCACAACCAGUGCUUCAAAAGUUGAAGGAAUUGGGCUACAAAGUUUUGCCUCAUCCACCAUAUUCACCUGACCUUUCGCCAACUGACUACCACUUCUGCUAGCAUCUUGACAACUUUUUGCAGGGAAAACACUUCAGCAUGAUGCAGAAAAUGCUUUCCAAGAGUUCGUCAAAUCCUGAAGCACGGAUUUUUAUGCUACAGGAAUAAACAAACAUUUCUCAUUGGCAAAAAUGUGUUGAUUGUAAUGGUUCCUGUUUUGAUUAAUAGAAUAUGUUUUAGCGUAGUUACAAUGAUUUAAAAUUCGCAGUCUGGAAAUUUAAUUUUUGCAUCAACCUAAUAUUUCUAUGGUAAAUCCUUGCAAACAUGGAAACAAUGCAUUUGGCCCAGUGCUUUGUGGUUGUGUACUCUUUUUCUUUCUUUUUUUAAUAGAUGGCAUUGGCCGGGCAUGGUGGCUCAUGCCUGUAAUCCCAGCAUUUUGGGAGGGUGAGGUGGGUGGAUCACCUGAGGUCAGGAGUUCAAGACCAGCCUGACUAACAUGGUAAAACCCCAUCUCUACUAAAAAUACAAAAAAAUUAGGCGGGGUGGCGGGCAUCUAAUUCCAGCUACUUCAUGAGGCUGCAACAGGAGAAUCAUUUGAACCCGGGAGGCAGAGGUUGCAGUGAGCCGAGAUCACACCAUUGCACUCCAGCCUGGGCGAUGAGUGAAACUGUCUCAAAAAAAAAAAAAAAGUUGGGGUCUCGCUGUGUUGACCAGGCUGGUCUCGAACUCCUGGCCUCAAGUGAUCCUCCCAUCUUGGCCUCCCAAAGUGUUAGGAUUACAGGCGUGAGCCACCGCACCCUGCCUGGUUGUGUACUCUUUCAAAUACUAAGUUUUUAAUGUUAAAUGCUGCUUUUAGAUACACUGUAAAAAUUCACCUAUCAAUGAGUUUUUUUAUUAAAAACAUUGCAAUUGUACUAGACUUUUAUACUAGACUAGCAAUAAUUGUAUUAGACUAGCAAUUGUACUAGACUAGCAAUAAUUCAGGCUUCAAUGUUGGUUUAUAGUUUUCUCAUUUCUUUCAUUUAAUAGCUCUGUAAAAUGAAGCAGUUACUUCCAUUUUCCUGAGGUGAGAUAAGUUAAGUGCCCUGCACAAUGUUAUAGGUCCAGUAAGUGAGACUGGAGCUCUGAUCUAAUCCCUUUGACGUUAAAGUUUGUGCAGUAAACCAGCUAUGUCAGUUUGCCACAUUUGUAAUAGUGUUCAAUAAAUUUUCACUUAAAGGUUUAAUAUUAAAGUAGUAGCAAGAAUUCAUAACCUUAAUUGGCUUUAACAGCUUUUCUUUCCCUGAAAACAGAUGCAUAUGUACACAUGCACACAGAUUGCUUACAAUAUCAGCACAUAAAAGGCCUUUGCACAUUGAAGUCGGCACUGCUUUGGUGCCUUUUUUGUUUUUUGGCUCGGUGUUUUGACUGCAAGUCUUUUUGGAUAGAAUUUUAUAGUUAGAAAGUAGCUAACACUUGGGUUUUAUAGGCACAAAAAACAAGUCUUAUACUAGCUGUACUUUAUUUUUUGAGUUCUUAUUAAUGAGGAACAUCCACUUUUGCAUUGACAGUGAUUUCAAGAUUGCUUUAUCAGCCUUUAAAGGAUUCUUGACUAGUCAUGCACAUCAGAACUGCCAGGUCCCCAGUGGUUCUGAAGCAGUAAGCUUUGGGUGGGCUCUGGCAUCAGCACUUUCACUAAGCUUCACAGAUAAUUCUGAUGCAUACUCCAGGCCUGAACCACUGAUCAAUUUGAAACAUGCAUAACAAAGCAAAAAAAGUUUUGUUUCACCUUUUGAAAUACAGCUAACUCUUUUACCAUGCCAGAGAUCAUUCAGAGAGACAGGUCCUUGCUCCGGAGUGAUAUAGAUCUGGCAGUACCCAGCCCUUGUGUGUGUGCGUUAGCUCAGCACCUGCCCACACUGCGAGCCCCCGUAGGAUGUGCCUUGUCCUUCCCUGUUUCAGCACUUAACACAAUACCUGGUACAGAGUAUGUAGUGGGCAUCUGUUGAAUGAAUGCUUUUCCCAGUAGCAGUGUAUUCAUACAAUAUUAAUAUAAUUGUCCCCUGGUUUACAGAUAAAAAUGAAAGCAUCAAGUGCCCAGUGAGUGAGACCCAGGUGUUCUUCCUCCACCCCUAGUGGUCCCCUGGGCAGGUCUUUUUUUUUUGUAACACCAGUCUGUUCUGUAGUCAAUCAUUGAUUGACUUGUCUGUGAACUUGGAGGAACUGUUUCAUAGUUUCAUUAGCACAGAGUAAACGUGUUUGCCAUGCAAGGUUAUUUUGCAUCUGCAUUUAAGUGAUAAUGUUGAAUCAAUGAAAAGUUUUGAUUAAGCAAUAGUUGUAGAUAUGCUAAGUUUUUCAAAUUACUAAUAUCAAGUGGAGAUUGUUUUUACUUUUAAGGGGAUUGCUUUUGUGAUAGCAUAAAUAAUGGUUUUCCUUUUUUGUAAUGUAAAUUAAUUGCUGGCAACUUUUGUAUUCCCAUAGACUGGGGAAGCUUAAUUGCCUUUAUAAGUACUUAUGUACAACUUUGUAUCAAAUUUUCUGUAAUAGUUUAUGCUUUAGUACUAUAUAUGUACUAAUAAUUUUAUCUGACUUCUGUUUAUAUCGUUUGUACAAUUACAUGGUUGUAAAAUAAACUUUUAAACAUCA